ACCACAUUAGCCACGAUCCCAGAUGGAACCGCAUCCACAUCAGGAUGUGAAGGAACAGCUCCAGCCACAGCGGCGAUCCACAUGCCAGCACAAGGACAAUUGCACGGAUCAAAUCACUCAACAUCCCCUCAAAAACUCCCCAUUUGUCGCCACCAAUGCUUACCACCAUCAUGGCUACUCCCACCUCUCCCUCCCUACCAUCCCUCCCACUGUCCUAUUCACCACCAUCGGACUCUUCUCUGACAGUUUCAGCGCAAUUCUAUCCUUCUCCUUCUUCACCUUGCUUUCCAAUUUGCCACAACAGCAUUACGAUUACCUCACCAGAAAAAUCGGACGCUACACCAUACCCAGCCUCCAGUAUCACAUCUGCAAAGCUGGCUCAUCUGCUUGAGCAAUCCAAGCAAAGGACUGUCAGUGCUGGUUCACGACGACCCUUGAUCUUGGAUCUCAGGUCCCAUCCGGAUUUCUAUCCCCUCUCUAUCACGGACUCUAUCAACAUCAAUCUCCCAACGCUACUCAUGAGGCGAUACCGACGUGGCGGCGCAGUGUCGUCGUUUGCACUCGAGUCUUUUAUCACCAUCCCUUCGGACGUGGAUCUCUUCCAUGAGAUCCAAGACUCUUGGCGUACCGCUGCUACAUCCUCAACGGAGCCUCACGAUGUCAUUGUGCUCGAUCAGGAUAUGAAGGCUGGCGAGGAGGAGUACGGUCGGUCAGCGACGGCUGCAUGGACCCUUUUGAAUGUCUUAGAACGCGGUAUUGGCAACGAUUGCUUUAAUAGUGCCCCCAUCCGCCUGUGGUAUCUCGAAGGCGGUUUUGACGCGUUUCAGCUAUGGGACGUCAACGAAAAGCACCUGACUCGUUCUGGGGUCUCUACCUCGGCAUCUAUGUCGCCUGAUAUGCACGCCGUCGAUCAGGAUGUGGAGAUGACUCUGGUGGUGCCUGAAGUCUUGUCUACUUCUGGACCGACAAAGACCAAGCCAGCCUUGGCUAUCGACACAUCAGUAUCCUCUGCACCGAAACAGAGGGUCCGCAGAGAAAGUUUGUUCUCAUUGAACACAAAGUCCCUGCAGCGACCUGCUGAAAUUUCUCGUGCUCGUUCGCAGACGGUCAACCUGAAGCCGUUGGCGAUUCCUUUUGUAAACAACUCAGCUUCUUCCACACAACAGCAGCAACAACAGGCAUCUAGGGGAGGAUGGCUCGCGGUUCCAUCAUCGAUGGCCGCUCCGGCUCCCUCGCCAGUCAUGUCCAUGAUCAGUAAUCACUCGAUGGAAAUCUCGCACUCUGCUUCGACGGACCACAGUUCUAGCUGGUCGGCCGACUCGAGCUCUGUCAAUGGUUCUGGCCAUUUCCCACUGGCUGUUCCUAGCUCUCAUUCAACAACGCUGAGCACGAAGCGCUCGAUCUCGUCGCUGUUGACCCUCACCUCAAUCCAUGCUUCCUCCACUACUGCAAGUAUCCGAGAGGAGGAUGAAGACCGCUCCGAGUCCGGAAGUGGCUCGAGGACUCUCCACAUCCCAUAUAGCAGCCAUCAAUGGGGCCAUGAUAGUCCCAAGGACCACUCGACGCGCUCCUGCACCGAGUCUCUCCAGUCGAUGAAUCAGGAAUACUCUCACCACUCCAACAUGCAGGACCAACACUCCAUCAGUGACCGAUCUGUUAUUACCGAGGAGGAUGAGAAUUCUGACGAUAACGAGCAAGAGAUCUCAUGCAUCUUGCCCAACUUUUUGUACCUUGGCCCCGAGAUCGUGAACGAGGCUCAGGUGAAGGAGCUCGACCUCUUGGGCGUGAAGCGCAUCUUGAACAUGGCCACGGAAUGCGAGGAUGCGCUGGUCUCGAACCGUCAGGGCAUGGAAUACCACAAGAUCGGCGUCUAUGAUAAUAUCGAUGCCGAUGUUGGCGCAGGACUGUUGCGAGCCGUAGACAUUAUUGCCGCUUCACCUGACGCUCCUAUCUAUGUUCACUGCAAGGCUGGCAAGUCCCGGUCGGUGACGGCGACGAUCGCAUACAUGAUCACAAAGAUGCAUUGGCCUUUGAACAAAGCGUAUCAACAUGUGUUGACGCAUCGCCCAUGCAUGUGUCCCAACAUUGGGUUCGUGACUGAGCUGAUGCGUAUUGAGGAACGAACGCUUGGAACCGACAAGGCUGCUGGGAUUCAGGUUGCUCAAGUGAUCGUCCAUUAAUGGGGCUUUUCCAGUACCAUGAUACCACUAUUGGCCAUCUUGAUGAAAAAAAUUCACUUGGAUACGAUAUGAAGUCGAUAAUGACAACUGAUACGAACACGACUACGACAUGAAAUGACUCGACUUUACACGACAUGACCGAAACGACUAAUAAUACCCACCGAAACGAUUUGUACGAUAUUAAGGACGCGGAUACGACACAGCAUCAGCUCAAAACAAAAAUACGGCCCUGUAACAUCAUAUAUGCUUGUAGACCUAGAGCCAUUAGAACGCAAUAUAAUAAUAACAAUAAUAAUAAUAAUAAUAAUAAACAAUCAAGACUUAAAUACUUAAAGAUCCUGCAC